CUCCUGUUCAGUCCCCGGCAGCAGCAGCAGCAGCGCAGUCAGGGAGCAGCAGGCCAACAAAGCGCUACUUGGAAGUCACUUGGAUAGAUUUUAAACCAAUCACUAGCUAUGGCAGCGAUCAGGAAAAAGCUGGUCAUAGUGGGAGAUGGAGCCUGUGGGAAAACCUGUCUGCUCAUCGUGUUCAGUAAGGACCAGUUUCCAGAGGUCUACGUUCCCACAGUGUUUGAGAACUAUGUGGCCGACAUUGAAGUCGAUAGCAAACAGGUGGAGUUGGCGCUCUGGGAUACAGCAGGCCAAGAAGACUACGACAGACUGCGCCCGCUCUCCUAUCCAGACACUGAUGUCAUUCUUAUGUGCUUCUCCAUCGACAGCCCUGACAGUCUUGAGAACAUCCCUGAGAAGUGGACACCUGAAGUGAAACACUUCUGCCCUAACGUUCCCAUUAUACUGGUCGGAAAUAAAAAGGACCUGCGCAAUGAUGAGCACACCCGCCGGGAACUUGCCAAAAUGAAGCAGGAACCCGUGAAACCUGAGGAUGGACGGGACAUGGCUAACAGGAUCUGUGCCUUUGGAUACAUGGAGUGCUCUGCAAAAACAAAGGAUGGCGUGAGGGAAGUUUUCGAGAUGGCCACCAGGGCUGCACUACAGGCCAAGCGGGGAAAGAAGAGCAAUAAAUGUGCCCUGCUGUAAACGGUGGCACGUGGACCGCUUCCUACAAGGGGGAGAAGGAGCAUUAGGUCAAACCUGUCCCCCGAAACACAUUCACAAAAAAGACUGUUCUCCCCAGUUUUUACUAAAGGUGUAACGCUUUUACUUAUUUUGUCUUAAGCAAAAGUAGUCAGGUUCUGUCAGUAUUCAAUUUCAAGGUUAUGGAAAAUACUUUUUUGUACUUUAAAAAUUAGUAAAUUUGCCAUAAUGAAAGCUCCUUUAUCGACAUGUACAAUGUAAUUGAAGAUAUCAGCCAGGGGACCUAUUGUGUCACACCUGCCAACUACAGUUCAGUGCUUAAGCCCUGCCUGCUGAUCUAAGGAAUGAUCCACAGCAAUCAGGGUGAAGAACCUGCACACUGUGACCCAUAGUCGUUUUAAUUAUUUCAACAAACAGAUGCACACAUUAAGUCUAAUUUGGUUUGUGUGCUUCACAUGCAAAUCUUAUGUGCAUAAUGAUUACAUGCACACUAUGAGACUGGAAACUCAUUUUGUUAAACGCAAAUGGAAACUUAGUGUUUUGUGUAAUAAAUUACUUUGUAAGAAUCUUGACAA